ACAGCCUCCAUAGUGAUCCCUGUGCUGCUCCUGUUGCUGCUGGUGCUGCUGGCUGGAGGAGCGUUGUUCUGGUACAGGAGGAGGAUGAGAGGGGCAAAGGGCUUCCAGCACCAGAGGAUGACCAACGGUGCCAUGAAUGUUGAGAUUGGAAACCCUGCCUACAAGAUCUAUGAGGGUGAGCCUGAUGAUGAUGCCGGGGAACUGCUAGACGCAGACUUCACGCUGGACCCAGACAAGCCCACUAACUUCACAAACCCAGUAUAUGCCACUCUGUACAUGGGGGGUCACAACAGCCGCAACUCUCUGGCCAGCACAGACGAGAAGAAGGAGUUGCUAUCACGUGGGGAUGAGGAACCCCUCGUGGACCCACUGUCAUAGACUGUCCAUCGGCCUGGAUCAUGCCAUUCCAAACACACCCCUCUUCUUGCCUUUUAAAGAAAAAUGAAACAAAAAAAUUGACAAAAAAGAGUGAGAGAAAAUUGAUAAAAACGUGUGAACACUGUAUAAAAUGUACAAAAAUGAAGGACUACUUUUGUAUGUGAUUGCAGUAUUAUAUUUUGUUCUUUUGAGAUUCCUCUGGUCAAAAAUGAGUAACAUUUUCUAUGAGAGAUUUUUAAUUUACACUUUGUCCCUUACCCUUUACCUAAAUAGCCACUACCUCUGUGCAAAAUGAAAUGGAAACAUGGAAAUCAGAAGAAAAGAUGCUAUCAUUGAAGCAAUUUUAACUUUUUAUUUUUGUAUGAAUUGUAUAGAAAAGAAAAAAACAUUGUUCCAUUUCACCAGUGCCAACUGUUUGUUUGUGUUGACUUUGAGCGGGAAAAGGCAAAACUCAAAGUUUUCUAAAUCGGUACAUAUGUUUGUCUGGCUGAGUUUUCUCAGCGAGGUGGUGAGACAGAUUUGUGAUCGCACCGUUUGUGUAUAGCACAUGUUAAAUGUCAGUACCAGAUGGCAACUACAGUAUUUCCACAUCACUCUUUUUUUUUUCUCAGAGAACAAUGCUCAUGAAAUGAUUGUGUUGUCUUCCUUGCACAGAAUAUCAUGUUUUACGGUAAAGUGUAUACUGUGGGCUUUAUACCAUGAGAUGUAAAGCAGGUGUUUGUUUUUUAAUCACAUUGUACGACAGUUGGAGCUCACCUGUUGCUGAAACGAGAGGGUGAGAAACGCUUUGAUGUGCGCUUAUGCAGAAUGAUGAAGUUGGUCACACGUUAAACAUUCCAGGCAAAGUGGUGGAUGGAGAUCGCAGAUGUUUAAAGAGACAGAAAGGAUGGAUGCUCUCAUGGGUGCGGUGUUAGCUGGGGGAGGCCAUAGCUGAGACUUACAAGCUGUUUGUUCCAGGGUCUCCCUCCAGAAGGAAAAGGAGGCUGCAGUUAUGGUGAAAUAGUUGGAAAACUUUGAUUGAGAAUCAAAUCCUCCAGUCCAUUACUUUGUUAAAAAACAAAAACACACAGAUAGUGUCUGUCUGGCUUUUUGCGUAGAUUUAUCUUUCUACCUUUAGAGGAUCAAAGUCUGUUUGACCACAGUUUUGUAAAGACUUAGUCUUACUUGCAUUACUUUCAUUGGGUCCUCAGCGUCUGUUUUGAAAUGAGCUCUGUCUGAUCUCUCAUGCUCUGCUCUGCUGCUGCUAAUGCUACCAUUCUGGUUGCUCUGACACAUCCUUACACUCAGCCUCUGCCCGAAAAAUGCUGCUUCUGUCAGAAAAUGUGUCAGCCAUAUCUUAAUGCAUGAGAACAGUAACACCGAUCGUUAAUGUAACUACAAUAACAACUUUUUAUUUUGCUUACCUGUCAGCAAGUGUUAUUUUAUGCUGUUGUAUAUGUUUUGUCUUUAAUUGAGAAAGAAGUACAAUCAUUUUACCUAAAGAACAUUUUUGCAAAAUCAUACAUGCAUUUUCAGAAUUUUUUUUGAUUAGUCCUUUUUUUUUAAUGAAAAAUGACACAUAGCUUUUAUAGUACACGAUGCAUGGAGGCUCAGACUUUCUUCUGUAAAGAGAAUAAUGUUUAAUUUUUGCUGGAGUACUUUACAAACUAAAUAACAGAUAUUGUUAUAAAUAAAAUUUUGAAAAUUG